AUGUCGACAACGAGACCGAAAGUCGUGCAGCUCGCCCUCGAGAAGCCGCCAUGGCACGAGGAAAUGGAGGCGUCGCUUCUCGAGGCCCUCAAAUCCACAGCUGACCUCCAAGAGAUCACCACCGCCGCCGAGGCCAGCAAGUUAUUCAAUGGCAAUGCCAAACCAGUGGUGCUAGCCAUCGAUCAAGCGCUUUCGGAGAAAAAGCACGACCGACUGAGAGCAGAGGCCGUCAACUUUGUGAAGAACGGCGGCACGAUCAUCUUUGGCUGCCACUUCCCCAGCUUCGUCACGCCUCCAAAUAUCGACAAGCUGUUCUCGGCAUUCUCUCUGCCAUGGCAGAUGUCAGAGUACAACCGCACAGAGUUCAAUGUCAACGGCGCCAUGGAGCAGAUCAACACCUCGGGCCUCGUUCCUCGCUACAGUCAGAAGGCCGUACAGCUCAAGAAGGUGCCACGGAGCGACGCUGUCUACCUGCCUGAUGCUUCGUCAUACACGCAGUCGAUGGUUUUCCCGGCGGCUCCCAUCGCCGACCUGACUCUGACACCAGCGGCCUUUGGCGCCUCCGGACAAGGAAAAGUUGGAUACCUGGGUGACGUGAAUGCUGAAGCGGCGACGACUCAUGUCGUACUAGCCAUGUGUGGACUGAGCGGUUGA